AUGGAAUAUAGCACCGGAUACUUGGAUGACGAAGAGUUAUCCCACUUGAACCAAGAACAGGAGAAUGGAAGCGUAGACGAGCAACAGUUUGAUGCUCACGCUGCUCCACCACAAGAUGUGCCAGUUCAGCACGGACACCCGGUGGUGGAAGAAGAAGAACUUUUAGCAGCUCAGGCAGCAGCAGAUGCGGCGGUAGCACAGCAGCAGCAACAGGGACAACCAGGCGGAGUGUUCAGCAACGUUGGUCAGGGGCUUGUAGGUAAAAACCACGAUAUGAUGAUGCAAUAUUGGCAGGAGACGAUCAACUCGAUUGAGCACGAUGAGCAUGACUUUAAGAACCACCAAUUGCCGCUUGCAAGAAUCAAAAAGGUGAUGAAAACCGAUGAGGAUGUGCGUAUGAUCAGUGCGGAGGCGCCCAUUUUAUUUGCUAAGGGCUGUGAUGUGUUCAUCACCGAAUUGACCAUGAGAGCAUGGAUCCAUGCAGAAGAGAACAAGAGGAGAACGCUACAGAAGUCAGACAUUGCAGCCGCGUUGACAAAAAGUGACAUGUUUGACUUCUUGAUCGACGUGGUUCCACGUGAGGAAGAGAAGCCCAAGAAGCCUUUCCCUCCUCAGUCUAGAACUGGUAGCUACGUAAACACACCAGGUCAACUGCACCACCUACUCCACCAGCAAGGAAUGCACGCCCCACCUCUUCGGGGUCCCGCACAUCCUGCUGGCGCUGUCCAGACGCCCCUGGGGCACCAGCUGCCUGCCACUCAGGGCCUGCCCAUGGUAUCGAACAUUCCAGGAAAUAGUCUGGCGCCCAUUCCACAGGUGGAAGUGAAGGAAGAGAAGCAUGAAAAGAAAGAAGGCGAAGAGGAAGGGUAUGAAUUCGAGGGCUACUCUGGCUAUUCUAAUAACUACUAG